CUCCUGCUUCGGAGCGCAGUUGCUGCGGAUCAAUUUUGCAAAUGCUCUUCAGCUCAACUCCAUCGCUUGUUUGCCAUCGUGUUCCGCGAGUGCUAUUCCGCGGCGGCUGAAUCCUUCUUGACCUGCUUGUGAGGAGCAUUACGGGGCCCCGCUCUGCAUCGAAUUCCUCUUUGGCGAGGCGAUACCGAACCCUCUGCGACACAAGAGCGGCCACAACUGUAGCUAUAGUCAUUGUAGCUAUGGCUACUGCGAUCGCCUGGCCUGGUGGUGCUUUUAGUUGCACGAGGACGUCCUCUUUGCCUAUUAGAAGAAUAUCUUCUCUGAGCUCGGCCGGUGUUGUGAAGCAAUCGCGUUUUCUGCGUGUUUCGAGGAUUGCGAGUAGUUGCGGAGUUUUGUUUCGUGAUGUUCGGUGCGAUGCAACAAUGGCUGGGAAGGAGUCUCCAUUGGAGAAGAGCGCGACAAUGAACAACAUGAAUUUGCUGGUUGUUGGUCCCGGAGUGUUGGGAAGUCUUGUUGGUCGACGUUGGCUCGAGCAAUAUGAAGGGUGCAAAGUCGUUGGUCAGACAAAUACAACCAACCGACACGAAGAAUUACUGUCUCUCGGCAUUAGUCCAAUCACAAAGGACAUGCAAUCUGGAGAUAAGUAUCCGUAUGUUAUAUUCUGUGCUCCACCGUCUGGGAGUCAAGAUUAUGUACGAGAAGUCAGGGCAGCAGCCCAGAGGUGGGAUGGCGAAGGAUCGUUGUUGUUUACGUCUAGCAGCGGUGUUUAUGACGUUCAUAACAAUGGUCUUUGUGACGAAAAUGCGCCAAUAAUCGAAAAGGGGAAAAGUCCUCGCUUGGAUAUGUUGCUAAAUGCUGAAGAAGAAGUUUUGAAGGUCGGUGGGAACGUUGUACGAUUGGCAGGCUUAUAUACUCGGGAUCGUGGGGCUCACACAUUUUGGCUUCAGAAAGGAUCAGUAGAUGCAAGACCAGAUCAUUAUUUGAACCUUAUCCAUUAUGAGGAUGCAGCUGAUUUAUGCAUUGCAAUUUUGAAGAAGAAAAUACGUGAGCAAGUUUUUAUGGGUUGUGAUAACACUCCGGUUACCAGGCAGGACAUUAUGGAUAUUACUUUGCAGAGUGGUAAAUUCAAAGGGGGCUUUCGCGGUUUCACAAAAAGUGAGGGGCCACUUGGAAAGAAGAUGAACAACAAUCGCACAAGGGAAAUGGUCGAGUGGCAACCACAGUACCAUAGCUUUGGAGACUUUAUCAAUCGCAACUGAGGAUCUGGUUUUAUGUAACCUUAGUCUCAGCUUUCCUACCCUAGUCAUUUAAUCACCAAGGGCUCUGCUCCUACGUCGUGUAGUUGAUGGGUUAGUGUUUUGUCGACAAUUUCUGCAUUCACAGUGCAGGAGCUGACAAAUGCUGAAUAAAGUCAAAGAUGCCAAGUCUUUAUUCAAAUCGAGUCUUUGUUCCUGUUAUCGAAAGUUUCUUCUAUUUUCA